UGUAUCACUAGUACUAGAAGUUUGCAUGAAUGGUCUAUCACACUUGAAUCAGCCAGCGGCUCUAGGACCUGGUGGGAGUCUCCGGGUUGCAGCGGAGGGGAGUUUCUUAGCCCAGAGAGAGGCUGUUUACGAAGAAAGCUCGUCUUUUGGAAAAACAAGACAUGGUCGCGGUGUGGGAGAGAGCAGUUUGAAAUAUAAAUCAUAGGCUCUUAUGCUAACACCAGAUCCUAUUUUUCGCAUUCGAUUUUUUUUUAAGGUUUGUCGUCGGCUUCGUUUGUUUUUCUUUUGAAAAAUACCGAGAGCGGUUAUACAAAAUGGUAUUUGAGCUGUACUUUCUUCUGCUGAGUGUCGGAAUUGUGGAAGGUGCAUCAAUAAUUCAAGAAUGCAUACGCUCGAAUGGCGGAGACUAUAGGGGCGAGCAGCUGAGCACUUCCAGCGGACAGGAGUGUCUCAACUGGAUCACUGUAACCCUGCACUUCAAUCUGACAGCCUACACGGACGUGCAGUCAGGUAUUGGGGACCACAAUUACUGCCGAAACCCAGAUUCCUCGGACAGACCUUGGUGCUACGUGGCCAAUGAAAAUGGCACCGUUCAGAAACAAGACUGUGAUAUCAGAGCCUGUGGAGACUAUGUCACGGCAGAGCCGGGAACCCCCCCAGCAUCAUCCACGGGGGCACCAGAAGUCUUUGAACCGGCGCAGUCUGAGCCUGCACAGAACGACAAUGCAGCUGUGCAGCCCGUCAUCGGCAUCAGGCAGCGAGUCCAAGCUGGGGCUAAAAAGAAGGACCUGGGAACCUUAGGUUACGUCCUCGGCAUCCUCAUGAUGGCAGUCAUCAUUCUGCUUGGAGUAGGCAUAACAUUUGGCUACAUAUACAAGAGGGGUCGCGACCUGCAGCGGCAGCGCGAGCAGCGUGCUUACGAGAGAGAGAUGCAGCGGAUCACCUUGCCCCUGUCUGCGUUCUCCAACCCGGCCUGCGAAGUGACUGAGGAGAAUGCAGUUGUUGUUGUCAGUGGCGACCAGCAGACGCCCUGCCAGGAAGGUGGGGCAGCUGAGGGCGGGACCCCUCUCAUUGGCCAGGCAGGCACCCCAGGGGCAUGAGUGACAGCUCCAAAACUGAUUGGAACUGGUGACAAUGGACCGUGAGGGGGGGGGUUAAAAUGAGGCAGUUUCCACAACCUCCCCCCACAGUCCCAAUUCUGUUUGAAGACCCCUGAAGAGGACUGUGAUGGAACCGAGAUGAUCAAAGACACACACUCCAGUCAACUUUGUUUUCCUGAUACUAAUGCCUGUGUCUGAACUGAAAUGAUUAGGGGGCAGGGCACGAAACGGAACGGCCCUAGCAAGGAUUUACUCAAGAGCAGAUGAGUAAUAAGUAAUCAUUUCAAAAGUGCAUGUCAGGAUGCUUGAUAAUGAUGACAGUUCUGGCUGUCAGUAUCUUUGUGCUGUACCUUUAUGGCGAACUAAACCUUUUAUGCGAUAGAAAUUUCAAUGAAAAGAAAGACAGGUCUUAGCUGUUUAAAUGAAAAUCCCUUCUGGAUUUGCAUUGUGUUUUCAUUUGAGAAGGUGUACUUAGCCGUAUGAAAGCUGGUGCACGCAUGGGUGAGAAAGACGGACCAGAGCUGUAUGCUGUUUGCGGUAAUGUCAGACACCAUCAGUGUUCAGUUGCCGCCAUAUUAUUCGAGAGCUGGGCACUUUUGCUGAAGGGAAACAAUUGUGCCCCACUUUUUAUAACAGGUACCCCAAACUGUCUGUAGUGAUGCAGCAAGACUAGUUAAGUCUGGGGUAGAGGGAGAAUGAGCUCUAUUUUUCUUUUUUUUUUUUCCUUUUGCAUUUUUUAAGGUUGUGUAUUUUAAGCAUGGUUUACAGCUUGUUGAAUUUCUUCAGGGAAAUAUCGAAGGCUGUGCUUUGGGUCAGAGAAGAAUUAGCAGGACUGAAGAUUUAGUCAAAGGACAAAGGUAAUUUUUUCACCCCUUAGAUGCAAUGGAAUCAUCAUGGUUGGUUAGAAGUCAUUUUGACACGUGAAUAUAGCUACAACUGCACAUUUAGCUGAGUGGCCUUGGGUAAUUUUGCCUUUGCAAAGCCUUGCCAAGGUGGUUUAGCCCCCCUGCCUCCCCCCCCCUCGUAAAUCCUGCAACAGCCCAUAAAUGCCUGAAUCCUUGAGACAGCUGCGUAGUGUGGUACUACUGGUCUAGGGUAGUAAGGAAGAUAACAGCUCAGGUCACAGCCUGUAACUAAUGAAACUGUUACACCUAAUGUUCUAUGGGGCAUAUAGAUCAUAGUCUUGUGGUGAAUAUCAGAUUCUAAGGAGCAAUAAUAAUCUCAAAAGGAAAUCAUCUUAUACCACAAGCUGACUUGUCUCUCUGAAAAUGACAGUGGUUUGGUCAUUGUAGAAGUGGAUCUGAAUUUUUUCCCUCAUAAUCCAUGGCUGUCCUGUAUCUCUUCUAAAACAUUACAUUAAACCGCAGUUUGUUUUUUGGUUUAUUUCUGUUCGACUGUUCAUAUAAUGUUCAUGUCAUGAAAAGCUGUUUCAACUGGUAUUAUUGAAAGGGAUUUAAUCAGAAUAUUUGCAUUGUAGAUUUUUCUUAUACAUAUUUGUUUGUGUCUGACUUUGUACACUGCUGACAUGCAAUAUGUAAAAUGAUCUUGUUCUUUUCCAGGUUGUUUGUGGUCCAUUCUAUAACAUGAAGUUAAAUGUAACGGCCAUAAAUGUACACCAUACAGUGAGUUGCUGUGGGCUGUUUCAGGGUUAUAAAUUUCUUUUGCCAUUAAAAGGAGAUCCAACAGCA